AGUUGGUGUAGAAACGUAGACUUGUUCGGUUGUUCUUUAAAAUAUUUAAAUUGAAUAAUUGUAGGCAGUUGUUUUUAAAUAAAGUUUAUAUUACUAUAAGUUUCUCGCAUUCAAUUUAAAGUGAUCAUUAUUUAUUAGAUCGGAAUAAGCAGUAAAUUUUAAAAGUGAAAUCUUAAAAUGAAGGUGUUAAAGUUGUUGGUUAUCGCAUCAAUCCUAACGUAUGCUGCUGCGCGAGUUGUAGGCCCCCAUCUUAUCGAUUCUAGAAAGCUAAAGAUUGACCCUGUGAGCAAGCAAGAUGAUGAUGAAGGCGUAAUUGUUGAUCCGGUUAUAACAGUUUCCGACAUUCAGGUUUAUGGAGAUGUUGCGCCUAGUACAGCAAGUUCAGUCGAAGAGAAUAGUGUCGAAGUUUCUGCUUCAUCAGCAGAAGUAGCAUCGGCUGAAUCUGAGACACAGACACCUGCUAUUGUUAAUGAGGAUGAUGCCAAUCCAAUUAAUCGCUAUUGCAAAUGCACAAGCUUUGAAUGUGAUUGUUGUCGUGAAUUUUCACUUCCACUUGUACCCAUUCGAGGACCGGGUUGUGCUAACAUAAGAUAUUUGGAAGGUGAUCGAAUGUCGAUUGGUAUUAAGUUUGGAAAUCGUGUACUUGCCAAUCGUGUUAUCUCGGGUCGAAAAGAAACUCCAGUUUGUUUACCUUUACCCGGUGGUUUCACCAACUUCUGUGGUCGUAUUUAUGGAAUUUCAAAGAAGAACGAAGAUUUUAAAGCAUGUCUUGGUUUGGAAUUGCGAGCUGAUGACGAGGUUGAAGCUGCUUUGAGAGUGUCAUGUUUCUCAUUCGGACCAAGAGGUUUAAAAGUUAUGGAAGCUGAACCAAUUCCAGUAGCAAAACCAGCAGAAAGUGAUGAUGCAGGAAAUGUUCCUAAUACUUCUUCAAAUGAUGAUGACGACGAUGACGAUGAAGAUGAUGACUCUGACUACACAGGUUUAAGUUUAUUAUCUGGAGAUAUUUUAGCAGAUAUAUUAGGGGAAGACGAUGAUGCUUCUGAAAGUCAAGCAACACCAACAAGAAAGAAUCCAAAAAGAAAAAAUUUAAUUUCGGAUGACGACGAUGAUGACGAUGACAAUGACGAAGAAAAAGUGGAAGAAGAAGUAUCACAAGAAAUUGCUGAAAAUGAGUUGGAAGAUGAUGCCGAAGAAGAAGUUGAAGAAAGUGAUGAUAACAUAGAAGAAAAUGAAAAAGACAAUGAGAUAGCUGAAGAUGAGAACGACACAGAAGAACAAGAAUUGGCGGAAGCUGUUGCUGAUGAUGGGGAGAUUUUGAUGAAGAAGGGUUUUCGUAUUCUUUCAUUUAUCACUUACAGAUGA